GACAGGAAGUCAUUUCAAUGUCCCCAGUGCCGCUACCUGACAGACCGGAAGAACAACCUGAAGCGUCACGUGAUCACCAUGCACCAGGUCAGCGCCAAGAUGCUGGAGUGCUGCGGUGUGGCCUUCCAGAGCAAGGCGUCGCUCCGCGACCACAACGCCGUGUUCCACAGGGGAGGCUACCGGUGUCAGAUAUGCUCGAGGAACUUCUGCAGGAAGGCUCUCCUUCGUCGACAUCUGACCGUGCACAGCGGUCAGAAAGACUUCUUCUGCGACCUGUGCGGUUACGCCACCAGUCACAAGAGUAACCUGGAGAGGCAUCAGAAGGUCCACAGC